AUGGGGCGUGCCUAUGUUGAGGGUCAGAUCCUGAGCGAUAGGCACGCAGGCCCCCAGUCAAGCUUCCACAGGGGGGCUCGCACUCGGUCUGGAGAGCGAAAGCGAGGAGAACGAGGAGGGGGGGCGGGGGGUGCCCCGGCAAGGAGCAACUCUGGGGACGAGUACAGCGCGGAGUCAGAGAGCGACUCCUUGUCGGAGGAGGAAAGGCAUCGCGCACGAAAAAAGGAGAGGCGGCACCGCGACAGGGGAUCAGAGGGAGAGGGGCGAGGCCGCAGCGGACGGCGGAAGGAGAGGCAACGUGGGGCGUCAUCAAAAGGUGGUGCGAGUGGGCUGGGAGGGGACACGCACGUCACGCGACGCCCAUCACCCCAGAUCCCCGCACCUGUCCGGGAGGGCGCAGUUGCAUCCCGUGGUGCGGAAACAGGCUCCAGCAGUCAGCUGCCCCAAACAGCCGCACAACCAGCAGAGCCCCCAAAGGAGCGUCAUCUGGACAGGGUAUUGUGGCAGCGGGCGCUGCGGGACUUCCAUGGGGGGGCUGCAGGAAAAUACAAGGAGGCCUUGGGGCAGCCCCACUACAGCAACGUGAGAAACAUGUUGCUGCGAGAGAGCCGGAAGGGGUGCAGAAACCGAAGUAUGGGCCCCGUCGCUGUCUCUACAACUCUUGACAAGAGGACACUGAUCUGGGGGCCGGAGAGUGGGGACGCUGUGGAGCACCGAACGAACUUGGAUCUGGCGCGGCAAGGGAGGCGCGUGGUAGUGGCUGCCUGCUUCCCUUGGAUCGAGUCCCCCAAGCACUGCUGCCAGGUCAAGGGCGAGGAGGGUUACAAGUAUGCCGGUCAGGGCCUCAAGGAGCUGGGAAAGCAUGCUGGGACGAACCAGCAUCAAGAGGCGGCAGCUUGGCUAGAAGCUGGUAAAAAGCCUGCGGUGCGCUUUCCACUGGUCCGCUCAAAGCCAAGCACGGGGGGUAGGAAACCCCCGACCACAGACGAGCAGAGACCAAAGAAGCUGCACGAUGCGGGGGAGGAGCUUGGUCAGCUGAAGCUUUCGUUCCUGGUCAAGAAGAGUUCUAGGGAUGCGGCGCUUCAACAGGCGCCAGGACGUGCGGACACGCCAGCUUAG